CUCUGUCCUGGCAAAGUUCCGUUAAAAUACAAACACACACACAGAGCUCUAUUGUUUCUAACCACCAGCCCCCUGGUCCUAAUAUGGAAUUCAGCAGGAAACCCAUGAUUUCCUGACACACUGCAAGCUUGGGAAAGUAAGGAAAGCUCUCUGCUCUCCUACAUAGCAGAGCCUGCAAUGUGCUAGGUCCCCCCACAAACCUCUGCUCUACCCUAGAAGAGGACCCCAGGGUGAUGCACUAUGUGUGUCAGGGUGAGGUAGGUGUCAGGGGGGAGGCUGCACAAUUACUAUGAAAUCCACAGCCCCUUCAGUAACCAGUGGGAUCUUCAAGGGAUAUUGCAACAACAUAUUGAGUUUACUAUGAUUUCCUGAUCUUUAGCCUCACAGGAACAAAAAAGGAACUUGGGAAAUAGUUUUCUUGUAGACAAACUCAAGAGGCAGAAAUGGGCAGCAGUGAGGACCGUGCCAGGAGUGGGUAUGGCAACAAUGCAAAGAAGAUGCAGCUCAAGUGUGUGGUUGUGGGAGACGGGGCUGUUGGGAAGACCUGUUUGCUGAUGAGCUAUGCCAAUGAUGCCUUCCCAGAGGAAUAUGUCCCCACUGUGUUUGAUCACUAUGCAGUGACGGUGACCGUUGGAGGGAGACAGCAUCUGCUGGAACUGUAUGACACUGCAGGGCAGGAAGACUACGAUCAGCUCAGACCCUUCUCAUACCCCAACACGGACGUGUUCCUUAUCUGUUUCUCUGUUGUCAACCCUGCAUCUUACCACAAUGUCCAGGAAGAAUGGGUAUCAGAAGUCAGAGCACGGAUGCCAAAUGUGCCCUAUGUCCUUAUAGGAACCCAGAUUGAUCUACGAGAUGACCCUAAAACCUUGGCUCGGCUAAUUCACAUGAAGGAAAAACCAAUAACUUAUGAACAAGGAAUUAAACUUGCAAAAAUGAUUGGGGCUCAGUGCUACUUGGAGUGUUCUGCCCUGACUCAGAAGGGCCUUAAGAAUGUGUUUGACGAGGCCAUCCUUACAGUCUUCCACCCAAAGAAAAAGAAGAGAGGUUGUGUAAAGUGCCGUAACUCUUGCACAAUAGUAUGAGAUCGCUCCACUAGCCAGGAGCAGAUCUGCAAUCCAGUUACGCCUUCGGUAAACCACAAAUAACAAGCCACAAAUGGCUCAGUGGAUUUGCCUGUAUUAUUAUGAGACAGCGAACAUGGAGGCUAUGACCAGUGAGCGUCCCUUAGUCAUACGGAUAGACUUUAAUCUGUGAAACCUCUAAGAGACUUAACUUUUUCAUGUAACUCACUUUCUUUCACGUUUACAGAGCUGGGGUAUAACAGGAUGCGUGCCUUUUAUUCUUUUGUUAUAACAUUUGAACGGAUGUACGGAAUUAGUGAUAAAUGGGAAUCUUUGUUCUCUGGGAAUAAUAGAAACCAAGCCUGAUAUUACAAGAACCCUCUGAAAGGUCUAUGUUCAGUAUCACUGUAACCAGAAAAUAUAUUUCUGCAAUCAGAAGAUUUGUAAGGGUUGCAGAGCAGAAAAUGUCAAGGUUUGCAAAGAACAAUCCAAUUUACCAAAUCAGCGGCCAUACCGAAGAACUAAAAAUGAUUUGUCAGACAUGGCACUGGAUUCAACCAUAUUUUACAGUUAUAGUUAAUGAUGAGUAACAAGUGACAUUAAUUUACAAUUUGAAAUUAGAAUGACUUAUUUUAGAAAAUACUUGUCGGGGUUGUGAAUAAAUUUUGUAAAAUAUUUACUACAAUUUGCCUUUAAAAAAUAUCACAAAACACCAAAGAUAUUUAUCAACAAAAGACCAACUUAAAUAAUACAAAAUGAACUGAAAUCUUUGUAAUUUGCAAAUGUAAAUUUACAUUUUUCUUUAAAUCAUAUAUAACUGUUUUAUACUCUUGACCUGUUUGGAAGUUUAUGGUUAAAUGUUGAUAAUAUUCAAUAUAUCUGAAUGUCAGUUAAUUUUUUAAUUACUGUUAUGCGUGAAAGGUGUGAACAGUGCACGAAAAUGACUUUUAUAUACUCAAGCAUGAGUGUGAAUAUUUUAGUAUGCUAAUGUGUAUAAUACUUUUUAUUGGCUGCCCAAACCUACUGUACACUGGAUUCUGAAUUUAUAAAUACAUUUUGUUUAUUCAUGGAUAGCGCACAGUUCACAAGCACAUGGUAUGUUUUAUUCUGCUAGUAGGUCAUCAUGCACAGUACAAUAUCUAUUUGGGCUAUACAUUAUAUGACAGUAUUGUUAGUUUAUACAUACUGGUAUGAACAUUAUUAUACUAGAAAAAUGUGUGCAAAUAAAAAUAAAUCUAGUUAGUAUACCACAAA